AUAGAAAAUAGAAAAGAAAAGAAAUACACCCCUUAGCAAAUUACAUAAUAUAAAUGGAGACUCAUAUGGUGCUCUAUGUAGUAAUGAUAAGUUUGAUAUUGAGAGCGGAUGCAAAAACAAAUGUAGAAGUUGGUAUGAUUCUCAAUAUGGAAACCAGCAUUGGUAAGAUGAGCAGCAGUUGCAUCUCAAUGGCCUUACGCGAUUUCUAUGAGAAACACGACAACUAUAGCACCAUGCUUCGGCCUCAUUUCCGUGAUUCCAAACAAGAUAACGUUGAAGCCACGUCUGCAGCCAUUGAUCUCAUGAAAAACGUUCAAGUAAAGGCGAUUCUUGGACCCAUGGAUUCCUCACAAGCAGAUUUCAUCAUUGAUAUUGGUGAGAAAACAAAAGUUCCCAUCAUCUCACCAGCAACAAGCCCUGCACUUUCCCCGGAUGAAAACAAUUACUUCAUCCGUACUGCACCUGAUGCCACGUCUCAACUCAAACCAAUAGCUGAUUUGAUCGACUACUUUAGUUGGAGGGAAGUGGUGUUUAUAUAUGAACAUGGUGAAUACGGAAGAGGCCUUGUUCCUUACUUAGCAGAAGCCAUGUUCAAAAUUGGUACCAAAAUCAUGUCACGUGAAGUGAUAUAUCCUUCGGCUUCAGAUGAUCAGAUCCUUAAAACGCUUUACAAACUAAAAACGAUGCAGACCAGGGUUUUCGUGGUACAUUCCUUACCAGCUUUGGCUUCACGUUUUUUCAAAAAAGCCCAUGAAGCUGGAAUGAUGGAAAAGGAGUAUGCGUGGAUCAUCACGGAAGUGCUCACUAGUCGUUUGCAUUCUUUGGAUCCCACAGACAUAGAGUUGAUGCAAGGAGUACUAGGUGUGAAGUCCUAUAUCCCUAGGUCUAACAACCUAGUCAAAUUCGAGAAAAGAUGGAAACGGGAAUUCCUGAGCCUGAAUCCAGACGAUGAAGUAGGAGAAUUAGACAUGUUUGGGAUAUGGGCAUACGAUACUGUUUUUGCACUCGCAAUGGCAUUGGAGAAGGUGUCAAGUGAAGCUAAUACUACUUUCCGCCAAGAGAGGGGAUCCUUGACAGAUUUAAAAGCCAUCGGAACCUCGAGAUUGGGACCGAGGCUUGUUCCAUGGAUCCGAAACACAAGCUUCAAAGGGCUGAGUGGCAAGUUCCAUGUUGUUAAUGGACAAUUACAAUGGUCGGAGUACCAGAUAGUGAACAUAAUAGGAAAACUGGAGAACACCAUCGGGUUUUGGACUCCUAAAGACGGCAUAUUAAAGAACUUAAACAAUGAAACCAAGGAUCUUAAGGCUAUUACAUGGCCCGGUGACAGUCACACCAUCCCUAGAGGCUGGGAGAUCCCCACCAGCAAUGAACGCAAGUUAAGUGUUGGGGUUCCAGCAAAGGCAGGGUUUGUUCAAUUUGUUGAUGCCAACACCGACCCUCGAACCAAUGAAAUUGUUGUGACAGGUUUCUGCAUGGACGUUUUCAACGCAGUCAUUAGUGCUUUGCCUUACGCUGUAAAACACGAAUUCAUACCAUUUGUUAAUGUUACUCCAGAGGGCAUGAGACCUGCAGGAACCUAUAAUGACCUUCUUCACAGUCUUUCCAAAGGGGCAUACAACGCAGUGGCCGGAGACAUUACAAUAUUGGCAAAUCGUUCGGAUUAUGUUGACUUCACACUACCGUACACAGAGGCUGGUACUGCAAUGAUUGUUCGGAUCAAGGAUGAGAGGAAGAGUGCAUGGAUCUUCAUGAGACCCCUUGAAAAAGAGCUUUGGAUAACAAUUGCAGCUUUUUUCAUAUAUACAGGGCUUGUAGUAUGGAUUUUGGAGCAUCGUGUAAACCAAGAAUUCCGGGGCCCACCUCGUAAACAAGUCGGAAUGAUCUUCUGGUUUUCCUUCUCUACGCUUGUUUUUGCCCAUAGGGAAAAGUUAAUGAGCAACUUAUCCAGAUUUGUGGUGAUAGUGUGGGUGUUUGCAGUUCUAGUUUUGACCUCCAGCUACACGGCAAGCUUGACAUCCAUGUUAACUGUACAACAGCUUCAGCCUGCAUAUACUGAUAUCUACGAGAUCAUGAGAAAUGGAGAAUCAGUAGGGUACCAGGAUGGCACAUUUGUUGUAGAUAUGUUGAAAAAGAUGGGUUUCGAUGAUAGUCAGCUGAAAAACUACAGCACCUUUGAGCAGUAUGACGAUGCCCUCGAAAGAGGAAGUCAAAACGGAGGAGUUUCUGCAAUUAUGGAUGAGAUCCCUUACAUCAGGGUUUUCUUGGCUAGAUACUGUACCAAGUAUAUCAUGACCGGUCCAACCUACAAAACUGCAGGCUUUGGAUUUGCAUUCCCAAAAGGGUCUCCGCUAGUCCCAGAUUUUUCUCAUGCCGUCCUGCAAGUGACAGAGGAUCAAAUGACAAACAUAUCAAAACAAUGGUUUGGAGAAUCAGCCAGUUGUGACCAGCAGAAUGACCCUAAAGUGUCAUCCGACAGGCUCACACUGGAUAGUUUUAAGGGCCUAUUUCUCAUUGCUGGCUUGUCAUCAACUUCUGCUGUAUUCAUUUUCUUCUUGAGGUUUUUGUAUCAAAACAGAGAAACAUUAAAGUCACAAGGUUCGUUUAGCCAAAGGUUUGCUAGAAUGGUAAAAACUUUCGAUGUGUUUAAGGAUGAUAAAUCCAAAGACACAAGUCGAGAGGCAACACCAGAUGAAUUAGUUAGUGUACACCAUCAAGAAGCAGCGGUUUUCUCUCAUGAUGAAGGAUUUUCUACAUCCGAUCCUGGGACUCCGGCUCAUGAAACUACAUAACUAGUAGAAACUGCCAUACAAACCUAGUUGUCAUGAGCCAUGGCAGUUAUGUAUAGAAUGCAAAUGUUAAAUACACGCCUCCAUAGUAAUAGUUUUAUAAUACAAGCUUUUCUCUUUAUAUUGUAGUCCUUUGCAAUAGGGAUUGUAAACUUAUAUAUUCUUUAAGAAACUAGUAUGUUAAUAUCUCAAA